AGGUGGCCUAGUUCACUCGUUGGUGAGUUGAGGUUUUGUUUCAGUUCCUGUUUCUUUGACUCAUAUUGAUUUGUCAGCGCGAAACGUCAUCAUCGACUCAGCAUAUCCAUUCUAACGUUAAUUUUUACCUGCAUUUCGGAAGACGAUGGAGGCUUUCCAGAAGGCGUUACCAGUUGGAGCUAUGAAUUUUGUAUCGGGUCGAGGGCGAGAUACAAUGCCUGUGUUGAUGGAAACAGGAAAAAUCGACRCCUUAGCCUUCAUCGGUGGCUCAGGAGCUGCUGAUACUGUGAUUCGUCAACAUCCCCAUCCCCAUCGGCUUAAGAUAUUUUUGCAGCUUGAAGCGAAGAAUAUGGGAAUUUUCUUACCCGACAUGUUCGAAAAAGGAAUGAGCAAAGCUGAAGAGUUGUCCAGAGCUGUGGAUCAAUCUCUUCUUGGAGGUACGAUACAACCCGAAAGCGGAUUUACUUGCUUAUUUUCAGGAGAGGACCUAUGUACUAAGUUUAUACUUGUCUUGUUUAGCUUUGAGCUUCAAUGGACAACGAUGUACUUCGCUGAAGCUUUUCUUCAUUCCUAAGGGCUUUGGGGCUUCGUUUAGCAGGAAAAUGGCGGAACGGAUCGAGAAAAUGAAUGUCGGCCUCCCUUGGCAAUCAUGGGGAGAUGAUCCYAAUGAAAGCAAACCGCGGUAUUCCGACUUCACGCCAUUGCCUAACAAGAGUCGUACCGAUUUAAUGCGACGCUUGAUCGAUGAUGCUGUCUCUAAGGGAGCUAAAAUUGUCAAUAAAAAGGGAGGCGAGAUAAUUGGUGGUCCUCACUCCACACUAAUGGUCCCAGCCGUCUUAUUUCCGGUCACUCCUGACAUGGAUAUUUUUCUCGAGGAACAAUUCGGUCCAAUCGUCCCAAUCACAGAAUAUGACGAUCUAGACACAGUCUUAUCCUAUGGCAGAGAAGGCUUGUAUGGUCAGCAAGUGUCUAUUUUCGUGUCUGAAGAAGAAACAAAAAGUGCUGCAAAACUGUUAGAUAGGUUUUCAACAGUGUUUGGAAAGAUCAACAUAAAUAGUCAAUGCGCUCGAUCUCCUGAUACAUUGCCUUUUUCGGGUCGACGAAGCUCCGCAAUGGGCGUGAUGAGCGUCAAAGAUGCUCUUCGAGAAUUUUCUAUUCCGACUGUUGUAGCUUACAAAGACAGCAAGCUCAAUAAUGGAAUCAUGCAGGAGAUUGAGGCUUCAUCCGCAUUUUUGCAACCUCUUUAAGUCGUCAAUUAAUUUCGGCGUUUACUUUCCAAAAAGAAAAAUGAUUUAGGUGCUAGCAUCGUCUUCCAGCUCAUGUUUUACAAGUCUGACUAUAGUUGAUGAUGGCUGCUGAUUCCAAGUCACGACUGAUUCUCUUUCGAGAACCUCAUUCUAAAUUUUUCUACGUAGCACGUCUAAGAUAACAAAGGAAAAAACAUGGA